UGGUCUGAUGGGACUCCACUCAGCAGUUGUGGCUUCUCCGACUGGGCACCAGGAGAGCCUAGUGGAGCUCCACAUGUCCAGCUCGCCAUCUUGCCGACCCGGUUGUUUGAAACUUGCAAAUGGGACGACGACUACCUUCAUCCUGAAAUCCUGCGGUUCUCCAUCUGUCAAAUCGGUCCUGGUGAAGACUGUGCCUGGGGACACAAUGGCGGAAAUACUCCAGAGGAAACGUUUCCCCGACCCUGAUGAUAUGUGGAAAACAUGUCCGCGAUGGGAUGUGAGCUUUCCUCCUCAUCUGCUGUACCUACCAGAGGGGUACCCUGAGAACUACUGCAUGCCGCAGCCCGAAUUGGAUCCGGAAUAAGCACACCAUGUCGUGCUACAUGAAGGACACUAUCACUAGUACUCAAUGGGACUAUUACAUUGACCCAUUACACUGCAGUUGAAUUUCUUUUGCACCUUUUG